AGACACAGUGUGCCUGCUGGGCUGUGCCCAGGUUCAUAGCCAUGCCAAUCAGUGGGUGAAGCUUGAGGCAGCGAUGGAGUCACUGCAGCAGCAGCAGCAGCAGCAGAAGCAGCAGCACCAGCAGAAGCAACCACACCUGGCAUCUUUGCAAAUGGAUGCCCGGGAGAAGCAGGGACAGCAAAUGAGAGAAGCCCAGUUCUUGUAUGCCCAGAAGCUGGUCACACAGCCAGCUCUCCUUUCUGCCACACCUGGAAGGCCUUCUCCCAGCCCUGUCUUGAAUCCCUUAGGCAGAGUUCCAUCGGCCACAGCAGUCCCCCGAGUUUUUGAAAGAAGCAGUGUGAACUCAGAGCCUGAGGAAGAGGAAGGAGAUUUGGAAGAUGAGGAUGGGGAUGAUGAAGAUGCAGAGGUGGCUGAGAAAGGGACACAGACUGCUUCAAAAUAUUCACAUGCGGAGAAAGCAGCUCACCAAGAUCCCAGAGCAGCGCCCAUGUCCAGUCUCAUUCCAGCACCAGGGCUCCCGCCUCACGGACCACAGACUAAAGAAGACCAUACCAAAGAUGCUUCCAAGGCCCCACCUUCAGUCUCCACAUCUGGGCAGCCGAGCUGGAAUCUGGAUGAACAACUCAAGCAGAAUGGCAGUUUGACCUGGAGUGACGAUGCGGAUGGCAGUCGGGGAAGAGAGAUCUCUCGAGAUUUUGCCAAGCUGUAUGAACUGGAUGAUGAUCCCGAAAGGAAAGAGUUCCUGGAUGACCUCUUCAUCUUUAUGCAGAAAAGGGGGACCCCCAUCAAUCGAAUACCUAUCAUGGCCAAGCAGAUCCUAGACCUGUACAUGCUGUACAAGCUAGUAACAGAGAAGGGGGGCCUGGUGGAGAUCAUCAACAAGAAGAUCUGGAGGGAGAUCACCAAAGGCCUGAACCUGCCCACGUCUAUUACCAGUGCAGCCUUCACCCUGAGGACCCAGUACAUGAAGUAUCUGUAUGCCUAUGAGUGUGAGAAAAAAGCCUUGAGCUCUCCAGCCGAGCUCCAGGCAGCCAUCGAUGGCAACCGGAGGGAGGGCCGGCGGCCCAGCUACAGUUCCUCCCUCUUCGGCUACUCACCCACUGCUGCUACUGCUGCAGCUGCAGCCGCUGGGGCCCCUGCUCUUCUCUCUCCACCCAAGAUCCGCUUCCCCAUCCUCGGGCUUGGCUCCAGCAGUGGUACCAAUGCCAGUAGCCCUCGGAUCCCGCCAGCAUCCACUCUCAGGAAAGGUGAUGGAGUUCCAGUGACAACAGUGCCCGUAGCAAAUCGCCUGGCUGUGCCUGUGACCUUGGCGGGCCAGCAGGCUGGCACCCGGACUGCCACACUGGAGCAGCUGCGGGAGCGGCUGGAGUCAGGGGAGCCUCCUGAGAAGAAGACGUCGAGGCUGUCGGAGGAAGAGCAGCGCCUGGUACAGCAGGCCUUCCAGCGCAACUUCUUCAGCGUGGCGCGGCAGCUCCCCAUGAAGAUCAGGAUCAAUGGCAGAGCAGAAGACAGAUCGGAGGCCUCAGCUGCAGCCCUGAAUUUGACCACAAGCAGCAUCGGGAGCAUCAACAUGUCUGUGGACAUCGAUGGCACCACCUAUGCAGGUGUUCUGUUUGCCCAGAAACCUGUGGUCCACCUCAUCGCAGGAUCUGCUCCCCAGAGCGUCGGCAGCAGCACCAGCAGUAGCAGCAGUUCUCACUGCUCGCCAAGUCCUACCUCAUCCCGGGGCACCCCCGGGGCAGAGCCCUCCACCAGCUGGUCCCUCUGACGGGCAGACCCAGCUUCCCACUCCCGCUCUCCUGUCGAGAGUGAAGGACGUUGAUGCACAGAAUUUACCUCAUCUCACGGAGCCCACGUCGAACACCGUUUGGCCCUACAUGAAGGGUUUAUCCAGGCUCUAUUCAGGUCCUGCUGUACUCUGGGGGCAGGGAGAGGCUGGAAGGGCAGGACAAGGCAGCGUUGUCCAAUCAGGGAUUGUCCUGGAGAACUGGGCAGAGGUCUGUGGGUGGCCAGCUUCCUCCAGGGCUCUCAGGUCACCUCCCAUCCCGGGGCACAGUGUAUCGACAAUCUGUAAGCCGACACAGGGCUGGAGGCCCUCUCUGACCCUUCCCCUUAAUUUAUUUCCUUUCCCUACCUUAUGCCAUGACUCCAGGGUCACUGGUCUCUCCCCUGCCCAGUCCCCCAUUUUUUAACUCUCACGUGGGCAUGCUAGGAGCCAAGAGCCUGCCUUCAUGGCCUUUUUCUGCUGAGCAUGGGAAGGGGCCCUCCCAACCCACCUUGCCUACUGGGUUUGGCUCCUGGGGGUGCUUCCCUCAAAUACAAGUCUUGAAUCACUCCUCAGGGCCCCAUAUCCCUUUAAUGGAAGGGUCCAUGAGGGCAGUUUUCAGGUCCCAGUCCACUGCUGAGGGGAAGGCAGAGCUCAAGGCAGCCCAUGCCCUGGCACCCACCUGACCCUGACCCUUCUCUGAACCUUCCCCCUGCUCCCCUCUCACCUUUGUUGGCUGGCUCUCCCAACAAUAGCCCCUUGUCCCUUGGGCCACCC